CAAUCAGAACGUCUGAAUCCAGGAAGUGAUGCACGGGUUGAUGAGUGGUCCGCAGAUAAUGGCCAAAUAAACCUGACAGAACUACAGCUGACAUGAAAAUUUAAACCAUAUUUACUGACAUCAUACGGACCUCUUUUAAUUUCGUAUUCAUCAACAGUUAAGUCGACGGCAGGCUGGAUUCAUUGAUUUAAAGAGACUCAUCUGAACCGAGGAGUCGUCUGGGCGUGUUUCUGUAAGGUUAUGCGUGGACAGCUGUGCCACAACACACAUACACAAGUUUAGAUCAGUGAGUUUGAUGUGCAUGGCCCUUGGUGUGGAAGCACCAUGAGUGCGGAGCCUGAUGUCUUGGCUGUGGUGAAUCAACUAAGGGAUUUGGCUGCUGACCCCCUCAAUAGACGAGCUAUCGUUGAAGAUCAAGGUUGCUUGCCGGGCCUCAUUCUGUUCCUUGACCACCCCAAUCCACAAGUGGUCUACUCUGCGCUAUUGGCGGUGCGUUACCUGGCAGAAUGCCGUCCAAACAGGGAGAAGAUGAUGGGCGAGCUGGGGAUGAUGCUGAGCUUGCAAAACAUCAUGCAGAAGGGGACAUCGCCGGGCGAGACCAAGCUGCUGGCUUCUGAGAUCUACGAGAUCCUGCAGAACUCCAGUAGCGCCGAGGCCGAAAAGGCUCAAGCGGCCGCCUCGUGCCGAAGAAAAGCCCAGUUCUUCCUGGGAGCAACGAACAAACGGGCCAAAACAGUGGUGCUUCAAAUCAACGGGCUUGACGAUUCGACUCGUAGAAGUCUCUGUGAGGAGGCCUUGCUAAAGAUCAAAGGAGUCAUCAGCUUUACUUUCCAGAUGGCAGUGAAGAGAUGUGUGGUCAGGAUCCGUUCUGAUCUGAAGGCCGAAGCAUUGGGAACUGCUAUAGCUGCAACCAAAGUCAUGACGGCACAGCAAGUGGUGAAGGGAGAAGAUGGAGCUGAGGUUAUAAUGCCAUUCCAGGAGGACUCUGAUGUGGUUGUAGAGCAGAACACGCAUUUGCCAGAUUACCUGCCGGAAGACGAGAGCCCGUCUCAGGAGCCGCACAAGGCCGUGACACGACUGGGCUCCACUCAAGACGGCGUGAGCUGGCUAAACACGGCCGCUAACUUCCUGUCACGCUCAUUUUACUGGUGACCCCCCCUGCAUGCCACGCUGCCCUCAAACAAUGCUGAGCGCACUUUGCAAUAAACUUAUAACCAUGUUUCAACUUAAAAUCAAAGUCACUACAGGCGGUACGCUCCCAAAACUUACAUUAGCGCUGCGCACGCACCACCUGAGACCCAGAGAUCAGCCGGGAGAAGUCGAUAGAAAGCAUUUCGUUGUAUUUGCUCUCUCUUACUCACUUUUAUGUUUGCUCGGUGCACUACGGCCCAGGGUUUGAAUUUCGAAUCCUUUGUCACGUAACGGGACUGUUACUGAUAGUGUGUGUCGUAUGUUGAGGUUUUCUAAAUUUAUACUGAUUUGGGUGCUUUUUGAUGUAUAGUCUAACAUCUCCUUCAUCUCAGCUGUCUUGUACAUUUUAAACAUCUUUACUCUAUUGUUUGAUCGUUCUAAUAAUGUUUUACCUAUUGGCACAUUUCAAAGCAUGCUGUAUUUUUCAUUGCCUUUAUUUUCUUCUCUGUAUACCUCCUCCCCCUAUCCAUAUGUGUGCCUUUUUAUUACAUAGCUUGUUUUGAUUUAGUUUCUCACUUUUCCACUAUAGGUAUGAUCUCUUCUUAUUUAUGUUUUAGGUUUAGUUUUGUUUCUGUGCAGUAAUUAUUUAACAGUCAUACCUCCAGAAAGGGCAAGUCACCUCAAAUAGCUGUUACGACAUGUGUAGUACUAACCCUCUUUGUAUGUGCCAAGCACCAGAGUACCUUCUUUACACAAGUCAAAUAUGUUGUAAAAUACGCCUGGCCGCGAGAACUUAAUAUAUGGUUUUCUGUUUUGUACAGUUUUUAAAUUUAAUCAAUGCAUUGAUUUCUUUAAUAGCAAUGCUUCUGACUUUAUAUAAAUUUUUUUCUGCAUUAUAUUCUUAAAAAGCAUAAAUCUGAACGUUGCGUUCUGGGUCUUGUAUACACAUGUGGUCAUUUUAAGCGUGGGGUUCACCUGCUAGCCAAAUGCACAAUUCAAUUCACAGCCCCUCUGCAUGAUCACCCACCGCCUUGUACCUUUUUUCCUCUUUUUGGCCAAUAGUGUCUUUUAAAGUUAGUUUAGAAAAUGACCUCACAUAUCACAUACAGAAAGUCCGCUCAGGGAUGUAUGUAUGCUAUCCCCCAACAGAAGGUGUUGCGUGUUACUUUAUCUGGGUGGGAAUUGAUGCGUUCAGUAUAGGGUUUACCAAAGGAGCCGCACACAUCAGUAUCAAAAUAAUUUACACACUUCUGUCCAAUAUAUGUUUGAUAUUAACUCAUGAUUUACUGAAAAUCUGAAAAUGUGAUCUGUGCUCACCAUUCACUUUUAAUUCCACAUAACAUGGUAAAUGAUAUGGCUUUGAAACGAUACAAGGGUGUAUAAAUAAAAUUUUCAUUUUUACGUGAACUGUCCCUUUCUUUUAGGAAUGCUUUAAAAAAACCUGUAUAAUAUUGUUUUAUUCACUUAUGUCCAUUUAAACUGAUAUGUCCAGAAAGGCAGCAGCAUUAGUGUACAGAAUUGCAUCACCGGACUCAUGGCAUGUUUUUAUUUAGGUCUAAGAGGGGCCAUCAGUAUUAUAUUUAUGAAUCAUUGUAUUGAAAUCUGCAUUUUCUGUAUAUAUUCUUUCUUGUACUGUACAUCAUCCUUCAUUAUACAUUAUUAUACAAGGGAAUGUUCACUGGUACCCCACCAAUCACAAUUGGAGCCCAUUGUAGAUUUUAGAAGCUUCUCAUGUACUGUGCAUAUUAGCUGUUAUAUACAAUUUUAGGAUGCACAAUUCUUGGCUGUUCACAGUAAUGACAAGGAUUAUUAAAUACAUUAAAUAAA